AUCAUGCAAAACCAGGCCCCUCACAGCUGGGAGAAUGCAAUUCUGUGUGGGACAGCUGCACCAGGGGCUGCAACCAGAGGCUUCUUUUAACUGGAACUUGUCUCCCAUAAAGCUGCAUCAUGGAGCUGGCUAGGUUGUAUGGGUAAGGGAGGAGCCCAGGCCUUACUCCUCCCAUUGAUGUCAUUAGGGGGGAGGGGGGGGGUGUGGACUGCAGGAUCAGGCCUGAAAAGAUCAGCUUCCAUCAGAUAGAUUGGGAGUCAAGGCUGCUUUGUACCUUGUCUGUGGGGGAUCUACAGGCCACAUUCUUCAAAGGACUGUGCCCAAUGCAGACCUCAGAAUGGCUCUGGAGGUGGGGCUACUAACCAGGCCACCUGGAGUCCCUGCUUCAUGCUCCAGACUGCCUGGAUUACCAAGGCCAUACCUGCAUGCUCAGGUAUCCUACCUUUCUGGCAUUUUAUUUGAGCUUACAGCUCUAUUCUAAGGUGCUCAUUCCCUAAGCACUACUUGUAAAGGGAUGAUGUCUCGUCUAGCCUUUAACUCUUUGUUUGCUUCCAUGAUCCAUGCUGGGCAGCUGUGUUAAGUCCAGCCUGACUAGCAGAUUGUGGGGGUGUUUAGGUUACAGGCAUGCAGUAGGGCCACUAAUUCUUGGAAAAUAACUUGGGAAAUAAUUGUUAGGAACUUAAAAGAUGCAACAGGGAUGUUUCUUCUGCUCUUAGCUAUGGGAAAAGGCCAGGCUGGUUCUUCAGUUGAUGUAAACUGUAACCAUCAUGACUUCAGUGGAGCUUUGCUGAAAAUCUGUCCCUGUAGGACCUGAAUUGUUCCUUCAGUUUAUGAACACUGACAGGUGGUGGCUCAUGAAGGCAAGACAAGACCCCACGUGCUACUGCUCAAGAUGUGACUGGUCUAUUAAUGCAACACCCUUGGGGCAGCCGCUUUUCUUCUCCAGUCCCCAGCCCUGAUCUGUUUUAAAGCUGUUGUUUAAUGAUUUUUGAGCCCCUUUAUCAGCAGUGAUAGAGCUUAGAACUUGACUUGUAAGUUAACUCUAAGAUGAAGCUAACUGCCUCCCUGCCCCCACCCCUAAACACUUCCUGUUUGGCACUUUGCCUCUUAUUCAUCAAAGCUCCUGGUUCCCUAUGUUGGCACUUUCCUGUACUCAUGCUUGAUGGAAAGAAGCCAGAUCAAUACCUCCAUGUUGGGCAGCUUUAAGGCAGGACUCUGCAGUGGGUUCAGCUGUGCACUUGCUUCCAACAGUGCAGGAAGGGGCCUGACAGGCCCCGCAGGGUGGAUCUGAGGAACACCUGUCCAUGCGUAGCUGGUGCCACCUUAGUUGUGGGGGUGCAUAGCCCCCCCCUCCCCCCCCCCCCCCCCCCCCCCGGACCAGUCCUGCCAAGCUGGAGGGGGAGUCCCCCUGCGGCCAAUCUCACUGCCUGAGCCCGUGACAGCCGAUUACUGCAACUGCUUCUGGGAGCAGCUGCAGCGAUCGACUGGUGCUUGCAAGGGGGCACUGCUCCCCCCAGCCCAUCACCUAAGCAGUGAGCGCGGCUGGGCAGGGGGUGCACUGGCGCUUUCGGGUGUACAUGCACCUCUAUGUACCCCCUGCGUGUUGUCACUGCCUGGGGCCUGGGCUGUCUGUCCCAAAAGCUACAUCUCCCAGGUGGGCCCUAAAUCUCACAUUGGGGCUGUAACUGCCCAGAGGGCAGUCAAAGUGGAGACCUCUGUACCACGAAUGCACGCAGGAAAAUGCACUGCCCUGUUGAGGGGCUCAGAGGAGCAGGCGGUGGGGUUCUUUGUGCUUGUUACACCUGUCCUUUGGGGAGCAGGGAUAUGGAAGUGGCAGCACUAUAUGUGACUGUGCCCUUGCCCCAAGCUCUGGUUUGUCUGGAAGACAACCCCACACUCCACCACAGAGUUAUUACAUAGGUAGAUUACAGCAGGUGCCUUGAGUGGGAGAUCCUCUCUCUGCUCACAGGGAAAUUCUCCAUAGCUUUGGAGCCAAAGCUACUUUGAACAGACCCUGAGAUCUUUGCCUUCCUCCACUUUCUUGGGGAGGCUGACAACCUGAGAGCCCUCCCCUGUGUAACAAGGAGCCUAGGCCAGUCACUUGGCCUCUGGCUAUUACAGUGCUCAUCAUCCAGAGGUCCUUGGGAAAAUCGGUGUCUUUAUCCAUUCUUGCACAUGGGGGAGCUGAGGCAACAAUGCAGGGGCUGUUGUUUUUCUGAAGGCACCUAAGGUCUUUGGGUGAUCCUGCUGCAGAGGGAGAAAACUCCUCACCCCAAGCGUGUUCCUGCAACCCAUGCUAGUUCCACCAAAUGGAGCUUGUGCCCAGCAGCUCCUGGCCAGGCCCUGGCUCCAAGACCAGCCGCCUGCGGGAAUAUGACACUGCACAAAAAUCUGGUGCCGGCUGGGGCAAGUCUCCCCGCUAUUUAUAGCUUCCGGCAGGAGGGGCUGGAGGGGGGUGCUCUUAGCACAACCAUAUUUCCGAGCCUGAGGAAGGUAGCCACGGGCACUUCUUCCCUAAGACUGUCCUGCCCGUCCCUCAGAGAUCAUGGCCCGAGAGACCUUUGUGUUCACCUCCUCCACAUUGCGCUCCCUGCGCCUCCAGAGAGAGCUGCUGGAGCUGGAGGACCGCCGGCGGGCCCUCGCCAGGCAGUGUGUGAGCAGGCGGCUCCCCACAACCACCCGGAGCUUCCAGGCACUGGCCAAGCCUGCUAGGAGACCCCAGUACUGCCGGGACCCCACUGUCCACAAUGCCCUGUACACGGGGGACCUGCAGCGGAUCAAGAGCAUCUUCAAGGAUGAGGCCACCGCCAACGUGAUCAUGGAGACCGUCAGCGAGGAGCUGUUGUGGUCGGCAGAGCUGGGCCUGUGGGUGCUGAGUCCGCAGAAGAAGCACACGUCCCCCUUGAGGAUCACAGCGGCCCGAGGCUACGGGGACUGUGUGAAGCACCUAAUCAUGCAGGGGGCGGACACUGACUCCUUGGUUGGGGGGAGAGCCGCCCUGCACGACAGUUGUACCCACCACCGCGCAGAAUGCACCAGGCUGCUCCUGAGCUAUGGGGCCAACGCCAACGUGCUGUCAGAGGAGGGGCUGGCCCCACUGCACUUCUGCACCACCCAGGAGACUUUCCAGUGUGCUGAGCUGCUGCUGGAGUAUGGGGCCCUGGUGAACCUGAGCACCAAGGACAGGCGGACAACCCCGCUGCAUGUGGCUGCCAAGCACGGCCUGGAUGAGCACGUGAGGCUAUACCUGUGCUACGGCGCUGACCUCUCCCGCCGCAACCGGGAGGGUGAGACGGCCCUUAAUGCCGCCUGCGCUGGUGCCGAUCGGCCUGAGGAGGCUGAAUGCUACUACCGUGCGGUCUGUAGGCUGCUGGAGGCUGGGGCCAAUGCCAGGACAGCAGGCAGAAAGAACCAUACCCCACUCCACAAUGCCUGUAGCAACUGCCACCUCCGCCUGGUGGAGCUGCUGCUGCAGCAUGGGGCAGAUGUCAAUGUAGCCAACUGCGCUGGCUACACGCCCAUGGACUGCGCGCUGCAGGCUGUCGAGGACUACCACCAGGGGCAGCCCGAGAGGGUCAUCGCUGCCCUGCUGGAUCACGGGGCAGCACCUGUCAACCCCAAGAUGCUGAAGUUCUGCUCCUUGUGCCCCCGGGCCCUGGAGGUGUUGCUGAACUCCUAUGACCGGAUCCUGUCCUGUGACUCGUGGGUGGAAGCAGUGCCACCUGAAAUGUGGCAGGAGCACAAGGCCUUCUAUGACUCCGCUUUGCAGAUGACAAACCAGCCCCGCCAGCUGCAGCACCUGGCACGCUGCACCAUGCGGAAGUACUUGGGAGCUCGGUGCCAUUCAGUCAUCCCCCGCCUGAACCUGCCUCUGGCCCUGAGGGAUUACCUGUGCCUCCCCCUGGAAGGUUACAUCCGGUGAAGGGGGAGGACACUUCACCUCCCCCGGCACAGAGGCUCUGAAAUGGCGUGGAAUUGCAGAGGGGGAAGUGGGGAGAGUAGUUGGCUUCAGUAGAGACUGGGAUUGCAAAGCACUCUGGGCCAGAUCCUACAGGUUGUUCAGAAUGAGUGGUAGCUCUAUGAGUGACUUGGUCACUCUGAGUGAGAGGGGCUUGAUCUGGCCCUUGCUGGCUGUAAUGGGGCUUGGUUUGUGCUGGCACAGAUUUCCAUGCUGCUGUGCCAAACAGAACAGAAGCAAAGUGCAGCCAAUGCACUCACAGGCAGCUCAUUCCUAGGGUUCCCUGGACACAGAGCACAGUCAGUAUUACUGCCACCAGACACCGCCCAGGCUGAGCAGGAUUCAGAGGUUGGGCCUGCCGCAGGGGGCAAGAACAUCUUGCAUUGCGAGAGCCGGGGUUUAUAAAUGCAUGUGCCCUCCUGCUUCAGAGCACAGAGAGCCUUGUCUGGGGUCAUGUUAUCUUGUAGCUGCUUCAUGGUUUCUGCAUUUUCCUCUGAAGUAGCUGGGGCUGGGCAUGGCUGCAGGAUCCUGAACUGGACAGCACCCUGAAAACUCCUGUGUCCUUGUCAGAGGUAUAAGCCUUUGGUUUUCCUAAACCCCAGCAAGUGGGGUGUGCAACUCAGGUCCUUGGGCUGCUUGUGCAAACAAGCUGUAAGUGAAAACGUGCAAAAUACAAGCACUGGUGAAGCCUGUACAUGUUUCCCAGCAGCUGUACCUAAAACCUGGCGCACAUAUGUAGUCCUUUUCAGGCUGUACUGCUUUCUGGCUUGGGGACUAGUAUGAUGUAAAGACCUACAUGGACAGAACCACAGGAAUUACUGGGACAGGGACAGGACUAGUCUUGUGUCCCUCAGAAACCAUGUCUCCUCCAAAGGAAGAGCAGGAAUCCCCAUCCCCACAGGUAAUUAUGGAAACCUGCCUAUGGCCAAUGACCUUUUUCUAACCCACUGUAGUUAGCAUGUGCCUCAGAGCAAGGGGCUGCAAGAUAAUCCCUCUUUCAUUCAUGGAGCUCAGCAUUUAGACAGAAGGGUUAGCACCAUUAGCCCCAUCCUAGACUUGGGGAAACUGAGGCACGGAGAAGAGAAGAGACUUGCCUGGGGGAGGGGUCACCUAGAAGAGCCCAGGU